AUGAUCUCCAGGCCAAUGCGCAAGCUUGCAGCAGCCGCGCCCUGUCCCUCUGCAGCAUCACGAUGGACACACAAUCCGCCCAUCCGGGCUUGUGUCCUCCAUCGUUCGAGGUCUACAACAGCUGCCAGUCAACCUUUCCGACAGGUGUUCCCCAAGAGACACCUUGCUCAAGUACGACCGGAGCCUAUCUCUGAAGUAUGGUUUACUGCUUCGUCUCCAAGAAUCAGUCCUGCAGAUGAAUUGCUCGGUCCUCAAACUCCCGGAAAUGGUGGUGGCGCGCAAGAUCAUCAGCCUCCGGAUGAGCGUUUGCUGAAGCUGGGAAAGACAUUGCGGACACUAUCUCCUCUCCUACCUAACAUCCUAACAAAUCCACUCCCACCCGAAAUUCUGUCGCCCAACAUCUCCCUCCAUCUUUUCCCUUCUACCCAUCCUCACCUGCCCGUGGUCAAAGGUCGCGUCGCAUACCGUGCCGCCCUCUGGACAGCUCCUGUGGCUUGGGGCUGUGUACCGAUUGUCGGCAACGUCAAGCUCACAAUCAUCUCUGAGAAGAUAGUCCGCACCGGGCUCAGAUAUGCAAUACCCGAGGAUGAAGCCUCUGACUUGAUGGAGGAGAAGCUUGUAGUCAGAUGGAAAACCCAGUCCAACCAAGACGGAUCGAAGCCUUCCCCAGAGAUCGCGGCCUCGAGUUCUACCGAUACAAAUGCAUCCUCGCAAGGCGGAGUCAAUCGUGGUCUUUCAAAGCUCCUCGGCGGCGACAAACCGAUCUUCAAUCUUAACCACGACGAUAGCUUUACAGGCCUAUUCAUAUUCACCUUCGAUUCGCAAGGUCACAUAGCCAGCCAUACUAUUGAGCACGCAGAUGAAAACCAUGGAUUCGAUCAGACGAGCAAGGUAGUCACCUUGACGGACUGGCUGUUGGGCAAGGCGAAAUGGGGAAAAGGAAGAGAAAAAGAGCAGGAACUCAUCCCCGGGCUUGCUAUGAGAGUUUGCCGGGAUGAGUGGAAUGAUCGGAGACCGCUCUCAAAACCUCAUUGA